AUGACCAGGCGUGGCAUUUCAGCCGCAGACUGGACACAAACCAUGCUUACAAAAAGAGUGCUGUCCCUGACUGCUAGUCAUAAGGAUUCGUGCCUAGUGGUGGAUGAACUUCUUGAGAAGUUAAAAGAGGCGAGCUUCCCCGUCUAUAGCUACGCUGAUGAUGUGGCCAUAGUGGUAAAGGGCAAUUUUCUUGCGACACUCAAAGAUAUAAUGAAAGAAGCACAUAUGCUUACGCAAAACUGGUGUCAAUCAAAAGGACUUAGGGCUAAUCCAUCAAAGACCAAGGCCAUGAUUUUCACCAGAAAAUAUACACUUGAGGCCAUUGAACCGUUAAGGAGCCGCAAGAAAACAACACUAACAGAGGCGCUGGAAGUAGCACUCUGUAUUUUUCCGUUAAACCAACAAGUAGUUAGCGCCGCCAGACUCACGGCAUAUAAACUAAAGUGUCAGGGGGAGUGGAGACAAUUCGGGAUAGGUCAUACCAAGCUCGGGUUUCUCCACAAAUCUCCCUUUACACUGAAGCAAGACAGAAUACCCAGAAUAUAUCAAGUAAACAAGGCGUUUUCUAUAAACCUGUCUACUAAGGCUGAAUGGAGUAAUAAGAACCUACAGAUCCAACCGAACAUAGAUGCGUGGUUUAGCAAUGGACCUGGAGCAAACGACCGCUUUGGAGCAAGUAUAUAUAGUCCAGGAAACAAUCACAGAGAGUUGUUCUUUCUGGGUAAGUUAGCCACGGUCUUCCAAGCGGAGGUCUUGGCUAUCCUGGAAUGUGCAAGACUCUUGCUCUCAAAAGAGACGAUGAGCAAGAAAAUCCAUAUCUACACAGAUAGUAAAGCCGCUAUAGGAGCCUUUGCUAGGACCACCACUGAAUCGUCAGUGGUUUGGGACUGCAUGCAAGCUCUGAACAGACUGAGAGAUCAUAACAAGAUCACACUAGUCUGGGUACUCGGCCAUCAAGAUAUCCGCGGUAAUGAGAUAGCGGACGGAUUGGCAAAGCUGGGCACCUUAGAGGAACCAGCUGGCCAGAAAGUCGGCGUUUUCUUUGCCGUGGAAAAAAAUUGCAUCAGGGAUCAGCUGAAGCAAGAGCAUCAGGACUCUUGGAGGAAACUGAAAAGUUGUCGCCAGGCCAGACUUCUGAUGAGCCACCCAUCGUCAAGCAGGGCUAAAGAACUGCUGAGUAUGGAUAGAAAUAGAUUAAAAUUAAGUAUCGGUCUUCUCACUGGACACUGGGCCUUCAGGGCACAUUUGUACAAUGUGGAAUUUGCCGACAAAACAAACUGCAGGUUAUGCGGUGAGGAGAAGGAGGACAACAAGCAUAUACUGUGUCGCUGUCAAUCCUUAGUGCUCAAAAAGUUCAGAUCCCUGGGCUGCAUGUUUGUGGAGCCCGAGGACCUGAAAAAUAUUACGAUUGGCCACCUGCGAAGCCUGGCAGAAAAUGCCGGGCUGAAGCAGAUUGGCCGAUACAAAACUAGACAUAUAAGGGAUUUUACUAGCCCACCUGCUCACACGUUAUUAAUAUUAUUAUUAUUAAGGAGAGAAUGA